UGCCUGCAGAGUUGGUUGAGAGACGCGUCCUGGCACUUUAACAGUGUACAAGUCUGUUGUUCGUGGAUAGCUACACUUAGAAAAAAUAUAAUAAAACAACGGGGAAGGGACUGAGGACUCACCAACUUUCAGCUGGUUAUCGGAUUUAAUACUGAAUUUCAAGAGUGGACUGAAAACCGUAACUCAAGUCUUCAGUACAGGGGGGGAUUAUGUCCAAGAUGGAGGUGAAGACAUCACUUCUCGACAAUAUGAUAGGGGUGGGUGAUAUGGUCCUCCUUGAGCCCCUAUCAGAAGAGUCCUUCAUCGAUAACCUGAGGAAGCGCUUUGAUCACAAUGAGAUCUAUACAUAUAUUGGCAGUGUGGUGAUAUCUCUAAACCCCUACAAAUCCCUGCCCAUCUUCACAGCAGACAAGGUGGAGGAGUACCGCAACAGGAACUUUUAUGAGCUGAGCCCACACAUUUACGCCCUGGCAGAUGAGGCGUACCGCUCACUACGAGAUCAAGAUAAAGACCAGUGCAUCCUCAUCACAGGGGAAAGUGGAGCAGGCAAAACGGAGGCCAGCAAGCUGGUGAUGUCAUACGUGGCUGCUGUGUGUGGGAAGGGCCACGAGGUGAACAAGGUGAAGGAACAGCUGCUGCAGUCCAAUCCUGUUCUAGAGGCUUUUGGAAAUGCCAAAACAGUGAGGAAUGACAACUCAUCUCGAUUUGGAAAGUACAUGGACAUCGAGUUUGACUUCAAAGGCGAUCCCUUGGGCGGAGUCAUCAGUAACUAUCUCUUAGAAAAAUCCCGUGUGGUCAAGCAACCCAGAGGAGAGAGAAAUUUCCACAUCUUCUACCAGCUGCUGUCAGGAGCGUCAGAGGACACUCUCAGAAAGCUGAAGCUGGACAGGGACUUCAGCAAAUACAACUACCUUAGUCUGGAUUCAGCUACAGUUAACGGGCUUGACGAUGCAGCAGGCUUCAGGACAGUCAGGAAUGCCAUGCAGAUUGUAGGCUUUAUGGAGGACGAGAUGCAGUCGGUACUGGAGCUGGUGGCUGCUGUGCUGAAACUGGGGAACAUCGAGUUCAAACCAGAGUCACGCGUCAACGGCUUUGACGAAAGUCGGGUCAAGGACAAGAACGACCUGAAGGAGAUGUGCGAGUUGCUGGGUAUCGAACAGUCCGUGCUGGAGAGAGCUUUCAGUUUCCGAACGGUAGAGGCAAAGUUGGAGAAGGUGUCCACCACCCUCAAUGUAGCCCAGGCCUACUAUGCCCGGGACGCCCUUGCCAAAAACCUCUACAGUCGACUUUUUAGCUGGUUGGUGCAGCGGAUUAACGAAAGCAUCAAGGCUCAGACCAAAAGCCGGAAGAAAGUUAUGGGGGUCCUGGAUAUCUACGGCUUUGAAAUCUUUGAGAAUGGAGACAACAGCUUUGAACAGUUCAUCAUCAACUACUGCAAUGAGAAGCUUCAGCAGAUUUUCAUUGAGCUCACCCUGCGGGAGGAACAGGAAGAGUACAUCCGUGAGGGCAUUGAAUGGACAAACAUUGAAUAUUUCAACAAUGCCAUCAUCUGUGACCUCAUCGAGAAUAACCAGAAUGGGAUCUUGGCCAUGCUGGAUGAGGAGUGUCUGAGACCAGGCACAGUGACAGACGAGACCUUUCUCGACAAGCUGAACACAGUGUGUGCUGAGCAUCAGCAUUUCGAGAGUCGCCUGAGCAAAAACUCAAAGUUCCUCACAGACCACAGCCUCCCACACAACUGCUUCCGCAUCCAACACUAUGCCGGAAAGGUGCUGUACCGGGUAGAGGGCUUUGUGGACAAAAACAAUGACCUGCUGUACAGAGACCUGUCUCAGGCCAUGUACAAGGCCAACCACAGCCUGAUGAAGAUGCUCUUCCCUGAGGGGAACCCAGACAAAGUGAACCUGAAAAGGCCUCCCACUGCUGGUUUCCAGUUCAGAGCGUCUGUGAGCACACUCAUGAAGAACCUUCAAACCAAGAACCCCAACUACAUCAGAUGCAUUAAGCCCAAUGAGAAGAAGGCACCCCACAUCUUCACUGAUUCGCUGGUGUGCCAUCAGGUGCGUUACCUUGGUCUGAUGGAGAACGUGCGCGUGAGACGUGCGGGGUAUGCUUUCCGCCAGGCGUACGAGCCCUGUCUAGAACGCUAUAAGAUGCUCUGCAAGCAGACUUGGCCCCACUGGAGGGGUCCAACCAGAAAAGGAGUGGAGGUGCUGUUGACAGACCUACAGGUACCUGCUGAGGAGUUCUCCUACGGACGCUCCAAGAUUUUCAUCAGGAACCCCAGAACGCUUUUCUUUCUUGAGGAGAAAAGGAGGCAUUGUCUGGAGGACUUGGCUACGCUCAUCCAGAAGAUCUACCGCGGCUGGAAGUGCCGCACCCACUUCCUCCUGCUGAAGAAGAGCCAGGUGGUGGUGGCCGCCUGGUACAGGAGAUACGCGCAACAAAAGAAGUAUCAGAACAUCAAGCGCUCGACUAUAAUUGUGCAGUCAUUCAUCAGGGGAUGGAAGGCCCGUAAGAUCUUGAGGGAGCUGAAAUACCAGAAGCGGUGUGAGGAAGCAGUGACAACCAUCGCUGCUUACUGGCACGGGACCCAGGCCCGCUGGGAACUGCGGCGUCUCAAGGAAGAGGCGCGGAAUAAACAUGCCGUGUCUGUCAUUUGGGCAGCUUGGCAAGGAACGAAGGCACGCAGAGAGCUGAAGCGAUUGAAGGAGGAGGCCAGGCGUAAGCAUGCUGUCGCUGUCAUUUGGGCCUACUGGUUGGGACUGAAGGUUCGUCGGGAGUACAGGAAGUUCUUCAGAGCAAAUGCAGGAAAGAAGAUCUAUGACUUCACUGUUCAGAGAAUUAUGCAGAAGUACUUCCUGGGCUUAAAGAACACAAUGCCCUCCAUGUCACCCACUGAUAAGAACUGGCCCGCCAGACCCUACCAGUUCCUGGAUGGAACUCAUCAGGCCCUCAGGAGAAUCUUUCAUCUGUGGAGAUGCAAGAAGUACAGGAGCCAGUUCACGGAGGAGAAGAAAGCUAUUUAUGAGGAGAAACUGGAGGCCAGUCAGAUGUUUAAAGACAAGAAGGCCCUAUACCCCAGCAGUGUGGGUCAGCCUUUCAAAGGAGACUAUCUGGAGAUCAAAAAGAAUCCCAAGUACCAGAAGCUGAACAGUGCAGUGGAGGAGAAAAUUCUCCUGGCAGAUGUGAUCAACAAGAUCAACAGGGCCAACGGCAAAAGUACUCCGAGAAUCUUCCUGUUGACCAAGAGCCACUUUGUCCUGGCUGAUCACAAGACGGGUCAGGUCAAGGUCAGCGUUCCGCUGUCUGAUGUCACCAGUGUCUCUGUGAGCACCCAGAGCGACGGCUUCUUUGCCCUCAAGCUCAAAGAGGGCUCUACAUCAGCAGCCAAAGGCGACUUCUUACUGAGCAGCGAACGCCUGAUUGAAAUCAUCACCAAACUGUACCGCACUGGAAGUGCGACAGCUGACAGGGAACAAUUAAACAUUGAUAUCACAGACGAGUUCCUAGUGCAGUUCAAGCAGGACAAGGUGUGUGUGAAGUUCAUCCAGGGCAGCCCCAAGAACGGCAACAGCGCUACGUGCAAGCGCAAAAACAACCGACUCGUGGAAGUGUCUGUGCCAUCGCCAUAAGAGAUGACUAAUCACCUUUACCCUGCUUGGGGUGUCAGUUCUGAGAACGUUUACCAUCAAACCUAAACUCCACCCCCUUACCCCCCAUAAUUAUUGUGCAAUUAUAAUAUUUUUUUUGUCAUUUGUUAUUUCUUAUUCCUGCUAGUCAUAAUCAUCGCUUAACUAUACACCCAGGGAAUCAAAUACACGUUAGAGGUACGCAAAACCAACAACAACAAAGAACUGUUUUACUUGUGCUCUGUUUUUAAUGAUUGGGGGGGGGGGUGGGUGUUAAAGGAAGUUGUGCUCUCCUCUCGCUGUUGGAGCUCAUGACGGUUCCACUUUAAUUACGAUCUCGUCGACGGCCAUUCCGAUUAAGACGAAACGGAAGACAUUGGACGGCACCAGCAGCGACUCUGCUAAACGAAUCCCUUGGUAGGAUGAUGGUGUGCUCAGUACAGCCAGUUACACUCCUGUCAUCCACUGCAGUGCCAACAAAAGCCCCCAGAGCGGGGAAAACCAGGCAACCUUUUUUUGGGUUAAUGUGGGCUGCUGAGCAAGUGAAUCCCAGUGGGCACAGAUGGUGAGAGAACAGAUCUAUGGAGCUCUGGGGGUCAUUGCUGAAAAGCGACUCACAUUGUGACUGCAUUGGUGGCCACUCAAGUGAGAGUAAGAAGAGAGAGUGUGACUGAAAUUUGAAAUUUGAUUGUGAUUCCACUUUG